CACGACGCGAGGCCUCCUCUCUCUCUCUCUCUCUCUCUCUCUCUCUCUCUCUCUCUUCGUAAUUUCUGUUUAUUUUGAUCCGAAAAUGCCAUUAGAACUAAUUAAUUAAUCAAAUUAAUUAAGCUUAAAGACGAUUAUUAGUUUAACACCUUCCUCCUCGUCCUCUCCUCCAUCAUUUCGUUCGAGGAGAAGAACAAGAAGCAGCAGAAAAAGAGGAAAGCUUUGUUUCGGCCGCCGGAGAUUCCUCCCCCUGAAAUUCUUAUAUUCCUUUUCGAAUUUCAAGAGAAUUCAGAGGAAGAAAGCCUUUUAGUAUGAAUAAAGAUGAAGAGACGGGUAGCCCCAGUUGGGGUGCUUCGUUUUUCGCACAAACGGAAGAUGUUGCAAGAGCAGUUGCUGCUGUAGCGGCUGCUGCUACUGCCACUCAUUCUCCGCGGCCAUCUGCUGUGUACUCAUUGAAUGAAGAUGGUGGUGGUGGCAGUCCGCUUCAGAGGUUACAACGCCAUGUUACGAAAGUUCUAAAAGGUUUCCAGCAUCCUCCUGAAGUGAAGCGAGGAACUUACAAUCCUGAAGUUUUGACUAGCCAGAAGCGGCAAUGGGCAAACUUUCAGUUGCAGUAUUUGGAUCAUAAGUCUUUAAAGCAGCCAACAAGGCUUUUUGAGAGCAUGGUAGUUGUGGGGCUUCAUCCUAACUGUGAUAUUCAGGCACUUCAAGGGCAAUACAUUGGAAGAAAGUCUGAAGGUUCAGGGAGAUUUAGUAGUCAGAAUCACUCUCGUAUAGAACCUAAUAUCGAACCGCAGGUGUUAUUUGUUUAUCCUCCGGAAAAGCAGCUGCCUCUACAAUACAAGGAUCUGCUUUCAUUUUGCUUUCCCAGAGGCGUAGAGGUUCAUGCUGUUGAGAGAACUCCUUCAAUGAGUGAGUUGAAUGAAAUUCUUCUGGGGCAGGAGCAUUUUAAACGGAGCGAUCUGUCAUUUGUAUUCAGACUACAGGUUGCCGAUGAUUCAACUUUGUAUGGGUGCUGUGUGUUAGUGGAAGAAGUAGUGCAAAAACCCUCUGGAUUGCUUUCCAUGAUUGCAGAGAAACAUCCUUCUCGCCCGUCUUUGAGCCGUCAUAUAUUAACCACUCAGAGAUGUUAUUGCAUUCUCUCAAGGGUUCCAGCAUUUGAGUUACAUUUUGGUGUAUUGAAUAGCAUCUUCACAGAGGAAAGGUUGGAGCGAUUAACCCAAGGAAUAGAUCUUUUAGAUUUAGAAAGCCCAAAGGAUUGUGACAAUGGUGAAAUUUUCGAAGAUACUACAGAAGAAACUUCAAAUGGUGUAUCACUAAGUAGUAGAAUUGAGGAGGACUUGCUGAAUGGAACAGCGGAGUUUUCUCAAUCAGGGAGAUUUGCAGAUAAUGGGAGUCACCUAGACAAUCAAAUGGUUGAUGGGGAUUUUAACUUGCCAACGGGAAGGGUUAGUGAAGAUGUUCCAGUUGAUCCUGAAACCAAGAUGGUUAGUUGCAAAAGAGAAUCUGGUGGUGUAAAUGCUGAAGUUUGUGAGGUCUAUGUUGAUGACUUCUCUACAAACAAGCAAGCUGUAGAAAGGCGAUUACCAAAUGCUGUCCUACCUCUCCUGCGCUUCUAUCAGUAUGAAAGCUCUGAUUCUUCCUCCAGUUUUCAAGGCUCUCCUAGUGAGGACAGAAAUUUUAGGAGCGAUGUUGUUGAUUUUACAGAAACGGACGAGGCAUCUUUCUCUGGCCAAGAUGAUUCUGACCUCAUUGAUAUUCUUGAAUGGGCCAAGGCGAACAAUCAUGGAUCAUUGCAGAUAAUAAGUGAGUACUACCAAUUACGUUGCCCUGCUAGAGGUAUCACUGUUAAGUUUCAUCCUUUGGACCACCUGCAUCCCUUGGAAUAUCAUAGACCAAAAGCAAAUGUUUUACGUACUGCUGGCUCAACCAUUGAUCUGGGUUCAUGCAGUACGAGUCUGGAAUUCGCUGAGGCACAAAGUGCUUUCUUGGUAGAGGAGGAAGCAACUGCAUUAUCAGUAUGGGCUAUUGCAUGCAUAUGUGGCUCCUUACGACUUGAAAAUGUAUUAGCAUUAUUUGCAGGAGCACUGUUGGAGAAGCAGAUUGUAAUCAUUUGUUCCAAUUUGGGGAUCUUAUCGGCCUCAGUGUUAUCAAUUAUCCCUCUGAUCCGCCCCUACCAGUGGCAAAGCCUUCUAAUGCCGGUUUUACCAAAUGACAUGCUGGACUUUUUAGACGCACCCGUCCCUUACAUAGUUGGUGUGAAGAACAAAACAGAUGAAGUACAGUCGAAACUUUCCAAUACAAUUGUAGUUGAUGCCAACAAGAACCAGGUGAAGUCGCCGACAAUACCUCAUUUACCACAACAUAAGGAAUUAUUUUCAUCCUUAAGUCCUUAUCACGCAAAGCUUGUGGGAGAGAGUUUUUUGGGUAGGAAAAGGCCGGUGUACGAGUGCACAGAAGAACAGGUUGAAGCUGCCAAGGGUUUCCUAGGAGUGUUAAGAACUUACUUGGAUUCUCUUUGCUCUAAUCUCCGUUCACAUACAAUUACUAACGUACAGUCCAAUGAUGAUAAGGUAUCGUUACUUCUGAAGGAGAGUUUCAUCAUCGACUCAUUUCCUAGUCGCGAUCGACCAUUUAUGAAGCUUUUUGUGGACACACAAAUGUUUUCUGUACAUACGGAUCUCGUUCUCUCCUUCUUCCAGAAGGAAUAGUGCCGCUGCCAUGCAAGGUCAGGCCUUGUGUUAUAUUUUCGUGUUGUAAACCUGAACGCAAGUUCAGUAGUGUUACAUCAUAAGUUCCAUCAUUCAUGAAUUCAAUCUUUGUUUCUUGAGAUCAUGCUUCGCAUCUCCGAAUGAAAAGAUUGUCCGCUUUGCUGCAUAUUGUACCAUGAUGAAUCUGUAUUUUAACAUAUGAGAGACCUCAAAAGAAUUAUCCCGCUUUAAUUGUAAAUAGUAAUUUUGUCUAUUUAUUUACUGCCACCAGUAGCGAGAUUUUCCGU